AUGGGUCUGGUCGCAAGGACAAAGUCUGCGGACAGGGCUGUGGGGUGGCUGGGGCUUUGCUCGGUGGCUGUGCUAGCCCAUUGCCCUGGCUGCACCGCGUGGGCUGGCACGUGGGAGGGCUGGGCGGCCAUAGCAGCAGAGAUGGCACUGAGCCACCGCGUACCCCGCGAGGUGCUGAGCGAGGCUGACCUGGAGGAGGUGGCACAGCGGAAACUUCCCACCAAGCCCUCACUGCGCAGCUAUCUCCACAAGACCAGAUGCUCAACCUCCACUGCCAAGUCCCUGCUCUUCCAAUUCCUGCCCUUCCUGCGCUGGCUGCCUCGCUACCCGGUCAAGGAGUGGCUCCUGGGGGACAUCACCUCAGGCUUCAGUGUGGGCAUCAUGCACCUGCCCCAGGGCCUCGCCUAUGCACUGCUGGCCGGGCUGCCACCUGUCACCGGUCUCUAUUCCUCCUUUUACCCUGUCUUCCUCUACUUCUUCUUCGGGACGUCCAGGCACAACUCCGUGGGCCCCUUUGCCGUCAUCUCUGUCAUGAUUGGGAGUGUGACAGAGUCCCUGGUGCCCAGUGAGAACUUCCUAGAGGCCGUCAAUGGCACCAAUGUCACGAUGGUCAAUGAGGAACGGCGCGAUGCUGCCAGGGUGGAGCUGGUGGCCGCCAUCACUGUCCUGACAGGCAUCUUCCAGGUGGUCCUGGGCCUCCUGCAGUUUGGCUUCGUGGUGACCUACCUCUCAGACCCGCUGGUGCGUGGCUACACGACUGCUGCCUCUGUGCAUGUCCUCGUCUCCCAGCUCAAGAACGUCUUUGGGGUCUCCCUGGGUGAGCACUCAGGGCCACUCUCAAUGUUCAUGACCUUCAUUGAGAUCUGCCAGAAGCUGCCAGAGACCAACGUGGGCACUCUGGUGACAGCCAUCAUUGCCAUGGUGGCCAUCUUCAUCGUGAAAGAGCUCAACCACAAGUUCGCCGCCAAGCUGCCCAUGCCCAUCCCCAUAGAGCUUAUCACGAUCAUCAUCUCCACCGGCAUCUCCUAUGGCGUGAACCUGAAGACCAAGUUUGGCAUCUCUGUGGUGGGCAACAUCCCCAGUGGGUUGAAGCCGCCUGUGGUCCCUAACUUCAGCUACUUUGGACAGGUGGUGGGCAAUGCCUUCGCCAUUGCUGUGGUGGGCUACGCCAUCUGCAUCUCUCUGGGCAAGAUCUUUGCCCUUAAGCACGGCUACAAAGUGGACAGCAACCAGGAGCUGAUCGCACUGGGCUUCUGCAACUUCCUGGGGGGCUUCUUCCAGUGUUUUGCCAUCAGCUGCUCCAUGUCACGGAGCCUGGUGCAGGAGAGCACCGGGGGCAACAGCCAGGUAGCUGGUGUCAUUGCAUCCCUGGUCAUCCUGGUGACCAUCGUGAAGAUUGGAGAGCUCUUCCGUGACCUGCCCAAGGCCAUCUUGGCUGCCAUCAUCAUCAUCAACCUCAAGGGCAUGUUCAAGCAGUUCAGUGACAUCCGCACGCUCUGGAAAUCUAACCGGGUGGAUCUGAUGGUCUGGAUUGUGACAUUUGUGGCCACCCUCUUGCUGAACUUGGACAUUGGCCUGGGGGUGUCAGUGGCCUUCGGGCUGCUCACUGUCAUCUUCCGCACCCAGCUCCCCCACUACUCUAUCCUGGGGCGCAUCUCUGACACCGAUAUCUACAGGGAUGUGGCUGAAUACCAGAUGGCACAGGAGGUCCCCGGGGUGAAGAUCUUCCGCUCCUCCUCCACCCUGUAUUUUGCCAACGUGGAGCUGUAUGCUGAGGCCCUGAAGAAGAAGAGCGGCAUCAACGUGGACCGCCUCAUCGAGAAGAAGAAGAAGGCCCUCAAGAAGCUGAAGAAACAGCAGAAGAAAGCGGAGAAGGAGAAUGCAAAGAGGAAAAAGGAUGCAGAGGACAGGCUUAAUGGCCCAGGUGUGGCAGUGAUCGAGCUGAGCGGGGCCGAGGGCAGCACACCCCCCAAGCCCACCCUGCGCACCCUAGGGCUGCCCCAGCCCAGCUUCCAUGCUGUCGUCUUGGACUUCAGCCCUGUCAGCUUCAUGGACACUGUCUCCAUCAAGAUCCUGAAGAACAUCUUCAGGGAUUUCCAUGAGAUAGAAGUGGACGUCUUUGUUGCUGGCUGCCCAGUGCCUGUCCUGGCCCAGCUGGAGCGGAGCAACUUCUUCAGCUCGGCCAUCACCAAGCACUCCUUCUUCCCCUCGGUGCAUGAUGCCGUGGUCCACAUUGGUGCAGAGCAGCACCAAGCCUCAGUGGACCUCAGCACCAGAAUGUAGCCCUGUGAGAGGACGAUGUCUCCCCAGAGAGCUGGGCAGCCGAGGUGAAGCUUUGCUGCCCCAACGGCACCAACCCACCCACCCCGGCGCCCGCAGACCUUGUACCCUCACCGGCCCCUCUGGACUCCGGCAGCUGGGGCCCUGCCCCGCCUGUGACCUCCCACUGCAUUGAAGCCGCCGCCGGCCGAGGGCCCCACGCCCCGCUCCGGCACAGGGACGUCACGCCAAGGUGCCGCCCAGGAGCCCCUGCUCAGCCCCAGCAAUGGGCUGGGCCCUGGUUGCGGUGUGGUGGAAGGACCCUCCGGACCCAGCCGAGGGGGGCCACCUCCCGGCGGCGGGUUGGCGUCGCGGAUAAAACCGUGUAGCGUUUCUCAGGCUUCGUUUUAAUGCACUUUCCUCAAUAAAGGUAACCCCAGGCCAGGCCGCCCAGCUGCACCCUGGCACCGGUAGGCACUGCCCCGGCCUGGCCCGCCCUGCCGGCAGGCUGGCCCGCCACCCCGCUCCCUCCGGCCUCUUUCCGCCACUUUUCCCCUCGGGGCCGCGGCCUAGGGCUCGGUACGGCUGAGGUUCCGACCCCACCCCCCACCUCGGGACCCUCCCGUCCGCGGGGCCUGUCGCCGCCGCGCCCUCCCGCCACCAGGGGGCGCCGCUACGCGCACAUCUCUUUGC